AUGGUUCGAUGGGGAUUCACAGCUCUCGAAGAUGUUUUUUUUUUUAUAUCUUUUUCCAUUUUUAGUUUUUUUUUCCUUCUUUUUCAUCUUUUUUCAAGUGGAGGGAAGAAUAUGGGGACUUUUGAACCUUUGUUAAUUGAGGGAGCAUUCAAAGUUUUUGAUUCCACAUCACAGCAUGUGUGUAUGUGCCAUGAAUUUAGUCUGUUAACUUUGGAAGUGCAUUUUUUUUCCUUUUUUUUUGUUGAUAUUUUUGACUUACCAACUGUGGGAGUGCGGAUUUGGAUUUGUGGUGAUUUUGUUUUUACCUCUUGACUUGACUUGUCUUUCAUCUCAUUUGUACAUAAUUGUUGUGCAUACAUAGUUGCAUAUUAUAGAUUUUUC